AUCAAAUCCAGCACAGAGUCAGCCAGACUCUCUGAAGAGGUGGUCACUUCUUGUCAGUCUUGCCUUUAAUAUGUUAGACUGACUUUAAAGGGAUAAAAAGAAACUUAAAGCUGAGCUUCAUUUUAAAAGACAGAUCAAUUAGCGCGGAUAGAAGAGGAAGUUGAAGGUGUGUAAUGGGUUAACGGCGGAAGGCCGCGCCUCACCUUUAGUGCGCGUCACACGGCUCCGUAAAGUGGUCCCACCAUCCCCACCGAAGGGGCGAAAACACCGCCGCCAGACGCGCACCCUCUCCUUGGUGUGUUUCGCAUCAUCCUGUCGGUCUCCGCCCCGCUGCUCCAUCACCACACACAUCCACAAACAUCGCGUACUGAAGGAAUAAGAGUGAUUUACUGGAACCAUGAAGGACCGCAUGCAAGAACUUAAACAUGGGAAGGAGACGGCAGAGGAGGAGGAUGAAGUCGCUGUGGGGAUGGACAAAGGCUUUAUGGAUGAAUUCUUUGAACAGGUGGAGGAGAUCCGGGGUUUUAUUGAGUCUCUGGCAGAGAAAGUUGAGGAGGUGAAGAGGAAGCACAGCGCCAUCCUCGCUUCACCUAACCCAGAUGAGAAAACUAAGGCUGAGCUGGAGGAUCUUAUGGCAGACAUCAAGAAGUUUGCCAACAAAAUACGCUCCAAAUUAAAGAGUAUUCAGCAAACCAUUGAGCAAGAAGAAAGCCAGAACAAGUCAUCAGCUGACCUGAGGAUACGCAAGACACAGCACUCCACACUGUCUCGUAAGUUUGUCGAGGUGAUGUCAGAAUACAACACCACCCAGUCGGACUACAGGGAGCGCUGCAAGGGACGCAUUCAGAGACAGCUGGAGAUCACUGGGAGAAACACAACAAAUGAGGAGCUGGAGAGCAUGUUGGAGAGCGACAACCCGGCUAUCUUCACCUCCGGGAUCGUUAUGGACAACAUCACCGAGCAAGCUAUGAAUGAGAUUGAGACACGGCACAAUGAGAUCAUCAAGCUGGAAAACAGCAUCAGAGAGCUUCACGACAUGUUCAUGGACAUGGCCAUGCUGGUGGAGAGCCAGGGGGAGAUGAUAGACCGCAUAGAGUACAAUGUGGAGCACUCAGUAGACUAUGUGGAGAGGGCAGUAUCAGACACGAAGAAGGCGGUGAAAUACCAGAGUAAAGCCCGGAGGAAGAAAAUUAUGAUUAUUAUAUGCUGUGUGAUUCUGGGAAUUGUCAUUGCCUCCAUUGUUGGGGGAACUCUGGCCUAAACAUCAACCACAGUCACGCUACAAGACACACAGCCGCACACACAAUAGAGCAAAAACACGACAGUCACAUUUUGAGUUUCCUGUUUUCAUGAAUGCAAUCUAUUACAUGUUUAGCACAAGGUGCGUUACAUACUGUACGAGCGAUUCUAGGCACGCCGUACAGGGCCAGAGGUGUUUUCGCAUGAGUUGCUAUUUGGUAAAUGUGUGGUGCUGCAAACUGUUUAUCUGAGUGUUGAGUGUUGUCAACGAUAUAAUGAUGUUUCCAAAAGUGAAUUCUUGAAUGAAAAAAAGUUACUAAACGAUGUGUAACACAAUACUAAUACAUUCCAACUUCCAAAUAUGACACUUAUUCAGUUGUAAUGUCUAUUUUGUGUUGUACAGGCAAAGUGCCAGGACACUAAUCUGCAGUGUUUUCAAAGCCACGUUAUCUAUACACCACUGUUUAUUUACAUCUUUAUCUUUUCAUGUUCUCUCUCCAAUGUGCUCUACCUCCCUUCAAAAGCUCUGCAUGGUUUAGUUCACCGUGAAGUGGUGUUUUGUUUUCUAUUGCAAAGGUGAAAGAAGACCCGUUGGAUAUUUUGCUUGUAGAAUCAUCACACUGCCAAACUUUUCUAAUGUUAUUUCUCAUAGUUCAUGGAAGCAAUGUUACUAAACUUCAUCUGGCCUUAACCAGUUGUGCAGCAUUUCUGACAGUUGCUCCAUUGUUGAGUGUGAUUUGAAUAUGUGGGUGUUUUCAUUUGUAGCUUCAUGCUUGAACUUGCUGAGUGCGAGUUGUGAGAUGAGAACAUGAGUGCUUGAUAUUAGCCACCUGUGUCUUUGUUUUGUAUAAAGUGUGAACAGACACUGUAACACUGCCAGUAUGUCCAAAUAAGCUGUUAAAAUGGAGUCUAGUCUGGUUUGGAUUGGUAAUUAUGGUCUUUAAGUGAACCCCUUGUUUUAUGUAUUUUUAUAAACCCCAAGCUUUAAACAGAGCAUAUCCUUCUGUCAAGCUACUUCACUGUUUAUUUUUAUGAGUGAACAUGAUGAGCCAGUGAAAGCAUGAACUCAAAGUAGCCCUGUAAAAGACUCUCAUAUCAGACAUGCACAGACUGCAACCAUGUUACCAUGUUGCCUACUCAACGUGUUGCCUUUGUGUUGUAAUGUGAUGACAUGCUUUUGUUUGUUUGAUUUGAGUUUGUUUUGUUUUUCAAGUAAAGUUUGUCUGAAAAAUCACA